AUGCCGUCCACAAUCGAGGCCCUCCAGCUGUUGGGAGAGCGGGCCAUCUCGACCAGCAUCCAUGCGGUCAAGAAGAAGAAGAAGCCGGAUUGGAACCUGAAACUUGCCAGGUAUUUCGCAGCUGGCAUCUGUGGCAUCAUUGCUGUCUUUGUCAUUCUGCACUGGACACGGAUCAUCUACAAGAAGCUGGGUAGCAAGGGGCGUGUCUUCUCGCCAAUUGUGGCUAUUACACGACGAGUGAGACGACAGCUUCUACGCUCCGUGCCUGUGUACCCUUCGGCCGGACAUCUGGUGGUCCUAAUUGCCUUCUAUGUCAUCCACCUUGCGUGCACCUUUGUCCACUUCAACAGGGACGACACUGAGGCCUGGGGCAAGAGACUCGGAUGGAUUUCCACCUGCGACUUUGUCCUGGUCGUCGUCCUCUCCAUGCGCAACACCCCCAUGGGCCUCCUCACCGGCUACACAUAUGAGCGUCUCCAGGUGCUCCACCGUACAGCCGGCUACACAGCCAUCUUCUACAUGAUCCUGCACAUGAUCCUCUACUGCAUCAACUAUGGCCGCAACGACAAGCUCGACGAGUUGAAGGCUCUCAACAUGGUCAUGGGUAUCAUUGCCGGCUGCGCCAUGUUUGUCAUGCUGAUCCUCAGUCUCAUCCUGCGCCGCCACCAGUACGAGCUCUUCUACGCCUCCCACGUCUGCCUCUUUCUCCUCGUCACCAUCACCCUCGGCCGCCACCGGCCCAAGUGGAAGAAAGCUGUGCCACAGGCCUGCGUUUUUGCCGCCUGCAUGUGGUUCAUUGACCGCAUCUGUCGCCGGCUCCGUCUCUUCUUCAAUGCCAUCAACAACUCAGCCACCCUGACGGCUGUCUCGGACGACGGUGACGGCAACGCCACCCGCAUCGUCCUCAAGAAGCGUCUGAUCGGCGCUCGGCCUGGCCAGCACUGCUUCCUCUGGAUCCCACGCAUCCGCCCCCUCGAGACCCAUCCCUUUACCAUUGUCGCCAACGGACCCGGUGGCCUUGAGCUCGUCGCCACCGCUCACGGCGGCUUCACCAAGUCGCUCUACAACUAUGUCAGCAAGUCGCCGUCCCAGCCGCGCACCCUCUGGGCCUCCGUCGAUGGGCCCUAUGGCAGCUUUCCCGAUGUGCACAGCUAUGAUCGUAUCAUCCUCGUGGCCGGUGGAAGUGGCGCUACCUUCACCUUUGGUCUGGCCACUCACCUGGUUGAGAACCUGAAGACGGAAUCGCAGCAGAAGCUCGACUUUAUCUGGUCUGUCCGGAAGAAUGAUCGACUGGCCUGGUUCGGCUCCCAUAUCGACACCCUCACCAACUUCGAUGCUCAUGUGGAGAUGACUGUUCACGUGACCGCCGACACGCCUCAGGGCCUCUCGACCGACAGCGAGGGUUCGCUGCCGGUCGACUCGGAGAAGAUGCACGGAAGCCCGCUUCCAUCCAACAGCUCGGCCGACGACGAGAAGGCUGUCCAGGGCCGUCUAUCUGCUCCCGCAACAGCCCUGUCGUGUUUUGGUCUCAAGAACAUCCGCUACGAGAAGUUGCGUGUGGCCGAGACCAUUGAGAGCAUUGUAUCCACUAUUGGCAACGGUCAGCGCGUCCUGAUCGCCGCCUGCGGACCCACCGGCCUGAUGAAGGACGUCCGGACUGCGGCGGCUGCCUGUAUUCGACCAGAAGGGCCCAGCAUCGAGCUGCACUAUGAGAGCUUUGCAUGGUGA